GGGAACAUCAAGUCUUACUCAACAAUCAAACAUGGCGGUUGAAGUAAAACGAAACUGAGCCUCAACGACUCUAAAUAGCGUGGUUACUGGUCCAAUUUAGCGAUAUUACACACUGGAAACCUCCUUACAACUAAUCCUUAAGCUUAAAACAUGAGUUCUGCGCCGAGAAAGCGGAAAGGUGGGGCCACAAAAGAUGAUAAAUCUGCGAAAAAACCGAAAGCGAGCGCCGUGCGUAAACCCCCAAGAAAACCCAAAGGCAUGAUUGAGCUUCCUGUAGGCACGGAGCUUACGGAUCUUACCAAACAAAAGUGGACCCUCGGCAAGCUCAUUGGAUGGGGUGGAUUCGGUGCCCUAUAUCUAGCUAGUUCUGGUAGUAAUGAAGCUGACGAAAAUGCAGAAUAUGUCAUCAAAGUGGAGCCUCAUGCCAAUGGACCCCUCUUUACAGAGCUUGCCUUCUAUCAAAGGGUUGCAAAACCAGAAAGCAUCAAAAGCUGGAUGAAGGCUCACAGCCUCAAGCAUCUAGGAGUGCCCUGCUAUCUUGGUUCUGGAUCUGUAGAACAUAAAAAUGCCAAAAUGAGGUUUAUGGUCAUGGAAAGAUAUCAUCAAGAUGUUGACAACAUCUUUUUAAAACAUGGGCGGAAAUUUGAGAUCUCCACUGUACUUACUCUUGGACUAAGGAUGCUUGAUGUUUUGGAGUACAUCCAUGCUAAUGAGUAUGCCCAUGCCGACAUUAAAGGCUCUAAUCUAAUGACGGGAUUUGGCAAAGGCAAGUCAGACCAGGUCUAUUUGCUAGAUUACGGGCUGACGUUUAGAUUCUGUCCUAAUGGUGAACACAAGGAGUACAAGGAGGAUCCAAAAAGGAAACAUGACGGCACAGUGGAGUUCACUAGCCGAGAUGCUCACAGAGGAGUUGCUCCCUCUCGGCGCGGUGAUCUAGAGAUCCUUGGAUAUGUCAUGCUUCAGUGGUUAUGUGGUAGGCUACCCUGGGAAGAUAAACUGAAUGACAAGGAGUAUGUAAAGGACAAGAAAAUGACCUAUAUGGACGAUAUUCCUAAGCUUCUGAAGGAUUGUGGUCUUACUACUGACAGUACCGAGCUCAAAGAAUUCCUACAAUACGUUGCAACACUUGAGUAUGACCAAGCCCCAGACUAUUCAAGGCUGAGAAAGAUGUUCCAGAAUGGCCUGAAAAAGAGAGGUGUUUCAGAUGAUGGACGAAGUGUACAUUUUACAUCACCCCCUGCCAAUGGACAUGAUGAUGACAGUAAAAAGAAGAAAACAGUACAGUCGAAACAGAAGGCAAAAGGAACUAAGAGCUCACAGGAAAGUGAAGAUGACUUUCUGAUUGUUGCCCCUAUGAAAAAGUCUGCUGUCAAGCCCAAUGCACGAAGAAAACCCAAAGUGGUGAAGGUUAAAAGCUCUAGCACUAGUGAAGAAGAGAAAUCUCCAGUUGCACCCAAGAAAAAGCUGACAAAAACAACAAAAAAGCGUGAAGUUGAAGAAAACAAACAGGAGGAAAAUCAUGGGGUUGUGACACAUGCCCCAAUGAUAGGCUUUCCAAAAAUGCCAGCAUCUAGAAAGAGGCCAUCCACAGGAGAGAGUGACUUGUCCGAAUCAGAACCUAAAAAGAGGAAAGAGGAGCCCAAAAAACAGACUAAGACAACAGGAAGCAGAAAAAAGAGAGUUUGACUCAAGAAGAGAAGAGUCAUUUAACCGGGCAACCUGUGUUAUCUAAAAAGGGGAGGGGUCAGAAGGGAGAAAAUAUAACUGGGCUACCUGUGUUAUCUAAAAAUGGGAGGAGUCAGAAGGGAGAAAAUAUAACCAAGCUACCUGUUUCAUCUAAAACUUUAGACAUAUUGAGCUUUCGAACAACAUAGUGGAUAAAUAGCCAUAUUUUUUUUUUUACUAUCACAAGAUGGUAUGGAAAAAGCACCCCAUUAGCCCUGCCUAGGAAGAAUGCUGUUCCAAUGAGUUUGUAAAUACCGUGUGUAUUUUUAAAAUAAGCUAAACCAAGGCAUGUUUCAUUUUCUGUGUGUUAUCAGGACAUCAAUUAUUGUUCGGAAUAAAAAUAAACUUUUUUAAACUUUAGGGAUCUUACACAAAGUUCAGCAACACUACAGUUCUUCUAGUCUUGGAAAUCUAUUUUUGGACAAAUACUAAAUUACCCUAAUUCCCAUCCGCUAAUUCCUUAACAGAAAGCUCCAAGAACUUGCUAAAACUAAAUUUGGGUUGUAUCUUAUAAAUGACAUGUAAUAGCAGCAAAAGAGUUGAUCUUAUAUGUCUGCAUAAGAAUUGCCAUAUACAAUACAAAGCACUAGAGCGAUAUUGGGAUCAAACAUCUGAAAAAUCAAAGAAUUUCUGCAUCUGGCUGGCAAUCAUCUA